AAAAACAAAAACCCGGAAUCGACCUUCAUUGCGGAAGUUCUCUCAUGCCUCAGUGGAUGCCCGCGCUAAGCAGAGAGCAUGUCAACCGUCUCCUUAUCGACCUUGAUGUGAUCCGUCUUGAUGGUGGAUUCAUCGGGGACGAAGACUAUGCGUCGUUCAAGCCCCUCGUCCUGCAACUUGAGCGAGAUGCCCCGAACCCGACCCUUCUGGUUGCGCUUCAUGAGAUGGGUCGAGAAUCCGGCAAUCUGGUUGCAAAGGCGCUUGGAAGGGAUUAUGGCAACCUCAUCGAGUAUAUAUCUUCUUGUUGGUGUGGAAAUCAAGAGUCAUUCUCGAGUAGCAGCAGUUCGAUUACUUGCCGAGAUGACUUCUUCACCGUCUUGGUACGGAUUCGUCCCAUGGCUACUCCUGCUUCACUCUUUAAAUGCUGAGUCCUCGCUAAUUUUAUUUCAGUUUCUCUUUCUGGACUAUUUUUUAAGUAGGAGUGGAAUGGAUAAUUGUUCAAUUGAACUGCAAAAAUGAUAAUGGGCCAACUCUCUUGAUUAUUAAGGAUAAUGAAGGUUAUAUAUAUGGGAGUUAUGCUUCCCAGCUUUGGGAGAGGCAUAGUGAUUUCUAUGGAGAUAUGAAGUCUUUUCUCCGUCAGCUCCAUCCAAAGGCAUCUAUAUUCAGACCAACUGGGACCAGCAACAAUUUACAAUGAGUAUGUUUCUACUUUGGUUUCCUACUUUGCUGAAACAAAUAUGCUUUUGAAUCGUUUAUUUGUUUGAUUUCAAUGAAUUUUAUAUGAUAGUUCUCACACUUUUCUUUCUUUAUUCAGCUUGCUGUGAUUAGUUAAGCCCUGUAGGAAAGCUUUAUGAUAUCGGUCACUUGGUGCCAUAAGUGUAGGAUAUUUGUAUUUCAACCUUUCCUUUUCCAUGAUUGGAAUUUUUCUGUUUUGCAAACACAUCUGCAAUUGUUAAGCUCUGUCAUAAUUAGAAGGGCUAAUGUAAAAUGGGUCAAUGCUUCUUUGAUAGAUCUUAAUGAAAAAUUAACUGUUCA